AUGACCGAGAUGAAAAUGCGCAGAAAGCGCGUCGCAGAGGAUGACGAAGAAGACGAAUUUCACCACAGCCCCCCUAACAAGAGGGGCCGCGCUGGAUCGGCCGCCUUCAAAUGGCUCUGGGCACCUUCACCACAUCCAGAUGAACCGCGACCGCAGGGUCUCUGGCCAGACACCGAGAGGCUAUUUCGAGCCCAAAGCGACCACCGCGACUUCAACCUCCCGCGCUCCUUCUCGCUCCCGCCGGAGACUUCCUCGAGGCGCACCAGCAGGCGCCGGGGUGCCAUCUCGGUGACGUCGUCGCCGCCGCCAAGCGAACUGGAUCGCCAUCUCGCCAUGCAACUGCAACAGCAAAUCGCCAUCAUACGGCUCAAGGCCGCAUCCCGUGGUGCGGACGACGACGAGGUCGAGCGAAUGCGACGUGAACUCGAGGACGUGCAGAUCGACGCAGCCCUCCCCUCCAUCCUGGGCAUCUCCUUAGACUUUGACCGCAAACUCGACCUCGGUCCAGUCGUUCGCCGCAAGGUUCAGAACAAAGAGAAUCCAGUUCGUCGCCCGCCGGGUGUCUGUGGGAUUCCAAGAAAGCCAAAUCGGGCACCGGCGUCGUCGGCAGCUGUCGUGCAGCAGCACCAGCACCAGCAGACGACAAGAGGAACCUGCGACAGCACCAGCACCAGCAGGUCGGUACUGGGUGUGGUGCCGUCGUUCGUGGUGUAA